AAAAAGGUUCGGAGGGCAGAGCGGGCGGCGGUGCGAUAUUCGAGAAAGCGGCUGAGGAGCUGACAACCCGAGUCCGUUACCUGAACCUUUGCAGUGAACGGACAAGCCCAAGGCGUUGGCAAGUAAUUAAGGUAUGGCUGUGAAGGAGAAGGGACGCCUUGGCAGCAGUUGGGCUGAACGAGGGGUACGGAGUAAUCUCAAGGUAUGUAUAGUUACCUACCGCGCCGAUUGAGUGGGAAGGUCUGAUAUAGUAACGAGAGAGGUGAAGCAAUGAGGAUUCGCGAUGGCGAUCCCAAAAAUUGCUGGCGUCGCACUUUCGCACUUAUUUAUGGGCUCUUGUUCAUGACCUCCCUCAUGGAAGUGAGGGAACUCGGUCUGUUGGCUCUUCGUUGGCGCCGGCGGCUGGUCUACCUAGCAACUUGGAACCUAGAGAGCCUAGGUAUCCGUAACAGUACACUACUGUCUGUACAGUACAUGCCUUACCUCCGUACCGUUCCCAAGGAUCCCAUCCCAUGCGCCAGGCUGUGCUGGAAACGGCGGGGGUACCUUAGCCCCUCAGCUAAGCCGCUCACCAUACGGAGGGAUUGAAAUCCCUUGAGAUCUCACCAGGCACUUUGCCUCCCAC